UGUGUUUUGCUAGUCAAUGGUGGGGUUAGGUGGGGGUGUGCGCGGUUGGGCGUUCGGUUGCUGAGCAGCGCACGCAGGCGGGGGGAGGGGCGCGGGCUGGCUGGCUGGCGGCCGGGGAGUGAGGCUAGUGAGGGGCGGGCUGGCGCGGGGGGCGGCUGGGACGGUGCUGGCGGGGGGGGCUCUCGAGGGAUGUGAGAGCCGUCUGUGUCCCUUCGUGCGCCUCACUGCCACCCUCGCGCGCUGCGUCCCUGCGCCCGGCUGAGGCUCCCCUCGGCCUCCCCGGCCGGGCCCCACGUUAUGUCGUGAUCCCGGGCGGGCGGCGCUGCUGCUGCUGCUCAUGGGGCUGCUCAGGAUUAUGCUGCCGCCCAAGUUGCAGCUGCUGGCGGUGCUGACGUUCGGGGUGGCCGUGCUCUUCCUGGAGAACCAGAUCCAGAAGCUGGAGGAGUCCCGCGGCAAGCUCGAAAGAGCUAUUGCAAGACAUGAAGUCAGAGAAAUAGAACAACGUCAUACAAUAGAUGGUCCCCGACAAGAUGCAACUCCGGAUGAAGAUGAUGAUGUGGUGAUCCUUUACAACAGAGUACCUAAAACUGCAAGCACAUCCUUCACAAAUAUUGCCUAUGACCUUUGUGCAAAGAACAAAUAUCAUGUUCUGCAUAUUAAUACAACCAAAAAUAAUCCUGUUAUGUCACUGCAAGAUCAGGUGCGAUUUGUGAAGAAUGUAACUUCCUGGAAGGAAAUGAAACCAGGAUUUUAUCAUGGACAUAUAUCUUACUUGGAUUUUGCAAAAUUUGGUGUUAAAAAGAAACCAAUUUACAUUAAUGUCAUAAGAGAUCCUAUAGAACGACUAGUUUCUUAUUAUUACUUUUUGCGGUUUGGAGAUGAUUACAGACCAGGGCUACGAAGGCGAAAACAGGGGGAUAAAAAGACCUUUGAUGAAUGUGUAGCAGCUGGAGGCUCAGACUGUGCUCCAGAGAAACUUUGGCUUCAAAUUCCAUUCUUCUGUGGCCACAGCUCAGAAUGCUGGAAUGUGGGGAGCAGAUGGGCUUUGGAACAAGCCAAGUACAACCUGAUUAAUGAAUACUUCCUAGUGGGAGUCACUGAAGAGCUUGAAGACUUUAUUAUGUUAUUGGAGGCAACUUUGCCCCGAUUCUUUAGGGGUGCUACAGAACUGUACCGGACAGGAAAAAAGUCUCAUCUUAGGAAAACAACAGAGAAAAAGCUCCCAACAAAAGAAACCAUUGCCAAGCUGCAGCAGUCAGAAAUUUGGAAAAUGGAGAAUGAGUUCUAUGAAUUUGCACUGGAGCAAUUUCAGUUUGUCAGAGCACAUGCAGUUCGGGAAAAAGAUGGAGAAUUGUAUAUUCUGGCGCAAAACUUUUUCUAUGAAAAGAUUUACCCUAAGUCGAACUAAGAACAAGGUUUACUGUUAGAUUAAUGGACUAAACCUUUGGUCACUUUGUCAUCUUAGUUCUCAGCCCUGGAAAAUAGAUUGCUGGUAGACCUCUGAGGUAUUUCUCUCUAGAGCUGAGGAAAGUGGGCUGUGGAUCACACCAAAGGUGUUGGAUACUUGACUUAAGCUUCAGUUCUUUUAUCUAACUAAUAGUUUCAGUGGGAGUUACUACCCUUUCCCUGAAGAAACCUACAUUUUCCUUUACAGAUAUUAACCACGCAGAGGUUCUGGUUGGAAAUAUAAACAAAAAAUGCUUCUAUUUAUGCUGUUGUUGAUUCUCAGAGCAAUUUAUUUUCGUUUAAACUUCUGCAAACAAGAACUCAUUUGUUUUCCCAGCUUCUACAUGGAGAUUUUGGUUGUAUACAAUUAUGAAUAGUGUUAAUAACUGGUUGACAUCUGUGCUUUGUUUUUGUGAGUCACAUUACAUGAUAUUCAUUGGAAUGGUUAAUCGUGUUCUGCUAAGAAAUGCUGCUGCUGGAUUUGCCCAUAUAUAUAAAUGUGGUUUUAUUAAAAAGAAAAGUUAUAACUAAUCAUUAGUGUUUUAAAAAAAUAAUUUCCAUAUUAAUAUUGUAAAAAGAGAAUCAAGCCAGUAUUUCCUUUUCCUCCCUCUCCCCAACUGCCAGCUGAAGUUGGGAAAAUUCUGCAAAAAAAGUUGGCAUUGCCUGCAGUUCUAAUGAAUGCUUAUACAUCAAUAUAAAAAAACCCUCGUAAAUUCAGUAUCAAGUUGCUCCAUGGAUUCUUUGUAAUGACUGUAAACUGAGAUAGUGAUGAAUCCAUAUUAUGACUCCAUUAGUGAGCUGUGGUAUGGUUUGGGUUUUCCUACUUCUAUACUUUUACCUGUAGAAUAUUUUUACUAAGGUGCUUUAUAAUGUGUUUUAAAGCAUUGCAUUUACAAAAGGAGUAAAAUGCUGUAAAUACUGCAUAUUUUAUGUAUUUGGACCAAAAGGUUACAAGUAAUUAGCUGAAAGUGGUUUUUGCACCAGCUUUGUUACAUGUGGAGUAAAAAAAAUCUCAUCUGCUGUUCUGCUUCCUAUUUUAGUUAACUGUUGGACAUCACUGAAAUGCACUUCAAUGACCUCUACAACUUUACUAACACAGCACAUUGUCCAGAAGUUCUCUUUACCUAAAAUUAGUCUGUAUCUUUUUAUAACACUUGAAAGAGGAAAAAGAAAAUCAAAUGUGUGAUUGAAAGAGAUGUUGAACUUGACAUAAAUGUGUUUAUGUAACUGCCUUAUGUCGCUAUUGUAAACUUGUAUGAUUUGCUAUUAGCAGCUUGAAACACCUGGUAGAUGAAGUAUAGUUGAGAUUAGUGAACAGAUGUUUGGGUACUGGGGACACUGUGUUUUAACAAACUGCAGUGAAUACCUACAAAGAACGUAUAACUUUUUAAAAAAUCACAGUAAUUACCCCUUUUUUCACCUUCAGUUUAUAAAAAUUAGUUUCCCUGGGUUUGAUUGGGGUGGAGGGAGGAGAUAAUGUGACAUAUAUCUGAAUUCCUACGGAUGGUGCUUAAAGCAAUAUUAUAAAGUUAUUAAGAUGGAGUUUCUUUAAUGCAUUUGUUUUUUGUAAUAUGAAAAUGAUUGGGAGUUGAAAAUCAUGUGUACAUUGGAUGUUUGCUGCCAAAAAGGUUAAUUGAAAAGAUUAAUUGAGACACUAUCCAGUAUUUAAUUUUUAAAUUUGCUUUACUAUCCUUUGGACCUUCCUCUUUUGAGAUUUUAAAAAAAAAACCACUUUCUCAAAUAACUGUUUUCCCCUAUUAAAUACUGGUGGAUCUUUCUUUCUGAUUACUGAUUUAUGUAGCAUGCACCAGACAGGAUUUUGCUUGAUACCUUUCCUGUGUAUCAGCUUCAUUAAUGAUGCCAACACAUCACUGGGGAACAGGAUUUGCUACUCAAUUUAUGUUUCUUCUAGUAGCUGGUUGUCUAGCUGGACAAGAAGUACUGAAGUACUGGAGAGUCAUCAUAGAGUGGCUAUUGCAGUUCUGAAAUUUUCUGUUAGACUGGUAAAUUUUGGAAAUACAAUGGAUAUUUAUCAUUUUAAAAAAAGAACAUUUUUAGGGCAGAUCACAUUUUGUUUCUCUUCCAUAUAAUUUGGAUUUAUUUGCUUAAAGCACCUUAUUUUCUUGAUCCUUUUGUAAAAGUUUCAGAAUACUAUCUCUGAACAAAGAUACAAAGUGAAAACAUAGUACCCAACUAGCUAACGAAAUAGGGCAUUUAAACAUACAAGCAAGUGCCCUAGUUUGAGAAGAAAACUAUGGGUGAAAUCCGGGUCCUGCUGAAAUCAGUAGAAGUUUUGCCAGGAUAUAAUCCUAUAAAUACAGUUUUUGAACUUCUGCUCCUCUUCUGCCAAGAUUUAAAUUUAGAAAAAUGAAUGAAAUAGUCAUCUUAAAAAUAUAUUAAAAAUCUUUGCAUUUUAAAGGAGACAUUUAUUUUUUGUAGUUCACAUCAUGGAAAAAAUCUUUAUUUCCUCAGAUAAUAUCAACUCCCGUCCUCCCCUUGCUGUGAAUUGAUAAAAUUGAGAGUGGUGAUACAGAAAUAGGCAUCUCUUUAGAAACUUACUAAUUGAAAAAUAUUUAAACAUAUUACAUGUUGGGGUGGAGGAGGAAUCAAGAUUGUGGCUACUUUUAUAUCAUAUUAAUUCAUUCAGAGAGUAUUUUAAAAUCCUUUGACCUCAAAGAGUCAAACUUCUGCUUCUCAAGGGGAUAAUCAACUUUACACAUUUUUAAUGACCUACUCUAUUCUUGUACUCCGUAAUUCUCCAAAUCACUGGUCGUUAAAAGUAAUUUACAGUAUAUAAGUGAGAAUUUGUCUCAAUACUUUUCCCCUAAUGAGUCCAGUCAAAUUUAGGGACUUGCAGAUUGUAUGAUCAUUGGACUUGAUUAUGCAGCCUUUUGCAUGCACAUCUGACACUGAAGUCAAUGGGGGCUGUAUGCAGAAGUAGCAGGAAGAGAUUUGCGUUAUGGGAGCAAUUUGGGGUGAAAUUCUGGCCCCUUUAAAGUCAAUGGGAGCUCUACCAUUGACUUGAAUGUUGCCAGGAUUUCACCCUUUGUGUCCGUGCACAAUAUUUAAAAUAUUUUAGGAAAUGGAAGCCACAAAAUCAGUGCUGUGUACAGUGCGUGGAUUUAUGUUCAAAUAUUCUGUUUAUUAAUUAUACACAGAUCAUGGAUUCCUCUUAGAUGAUUUAAAACAGGAAUCACAGUUUAUACUUUUAGAAUGUAGCAAAGGGGAAGCAGUCCAUCUGGGAGUUUGGAAUGCUUUUUCUAGAUGUUCCACAUUUCUUAAGAUGUUUAGCUGCUUCUGCGUUCCAAUAGUACACAUUUGCCUAUUAUAACCUUACAUUAAUGAUGUUUACAUCAAGGGAGGUCCAAUUUCUAUUAUGUUUUUGCAUCAAUUUCACUGGUAUUGAAAAGGUAUGUAUAGAAAGAGAUGUUUGUGAUGCUGUCUAAACUAUGCUGCUUAGGCAGACAGAUGAAAAACCUGUUUCAAAGUGCACUGCCAGUUUAGCUCUUUAAAAGUGGAGCUUAUUUUAUGACUACUGGAGAUCAGACUUGCAGAAAUUGUAAUGGGUGACUAGUUGUCGGGAUAUAAUCUGUACUUUAAGCCCAUGCAGCUAUGUAACCCUUGCAGCACUAUUUAUAAAUUGAGCCCUCUUUGUGAAGACUUUGAUAGCACAUAAUUAUAAAUGUGUUUAGACACUCGUACUGUCUAAUACCUAGAUCAGCAAUUUUCUGUAGGUUCUGUAUUAAGAGAGUUAGGUUUGUGAGCAUCUCUAAAGCAGUACUGAAUGUAACUUUGAGAAACAUGGAUUGUGCCUCAUGACUUUUACUUUUUAACUACACACACACACACACACACACACUGCUAAAUAGUGCCUUUUUUCCUCACAAUCCAUGUUGAAGAUGCUCACUCCUGCUCUUUUUCCCUCUCUCUCCGUAUAUUGAUUCAUUCGUGCAAUAUUAUCCCGAUGUGAAACCAUUGUGUCACAUUUGUUUGAGAGAUAAUCACUCAGUUUUCCUCGCUAUCAUGCCAGCUUCUGUUGUUGAAGUGUUGAUUACUGAUGCAAAUGCUAUAAAAUAAAACACCCAGUGGGAAGGGGAAAAAAAAGUCCAGUGUCCUGUCUUAAUAUUUUUCAUGUAGCGUUCGCACUGAUACUUUUCUAGCAGGCAUCAAUAUACAUUAUAAUGAACUUCACUUACAGCCAUUGUUGCUGGAGCAGUUUCCAUUGUGGUUGAUCUGUAAUAGUUUUUUAUAACUUGUUUGUGGGAUUAUUUUAUUAAAACUGCUGUGUGUAAACUGAAAUGUAUAGCCCUGUAUCACCUGCAGUGGAAUCUCUGAUUGGAUAUUAAUAAACUGCAUAUAGGGUGUAUGUUAUAAUGGAAGUGUCAGUGGAAAGAAGCUCUGUGUAAUAAAAAAUUAAGUUUUGAAAGAACGAAAUAGGUGGACAUUUAAGCAAUGGGCUGAAAUGCACAUGCCUCUCACCAUAAGGAGAGCAUGAGAGAACAUAUGUGUGAGAGAUGGUGGUCACAUUGCUUAAUGCUUUACUGGAAGGUGCUCAGAUACAAUGGGGAUGAGUGUAGUGUAUACAAUCGAAAUGUAGUAUUGGCAGCUGCAAAUGCAAAUAUGUUCAAAUGAGAAGAUGUCUCAUGAGCACUCUAUCCAGUGCUACAAUGUAGGACUUACUAAAUGUGUAUUAUAAACACUUCUAGCCCCUCUGCUCCAUGAAGCAGCAUCUCAAGUAGCUGAAUAGUCAGUCAACUGACCCAGAUUGAUUACUUAAUAGGAUAGUUCUUAAAUAUUUAGCCACAGCAUUACUAGUUGAGAACCAACUGUCACAUAGCGUUUCAGCCCUUUAAGAUUUGUGCUACUUCCCACUGAGGAGUCCAUUGAAGGUUAAUUAUGUCUCUUGCGUUGAUGAGUAGACUUUUUCCCUAAUUCCCCCCCAUAUGUGUGUGUGUAUGGAUAUAGAUAGAUAAAAUCCAGAAUUAAAACUGAUCUUUGUUACCCUUGCAGGUGCAAUUGUUGCAUACAGACUUCUGCCUUUUAUCAGUCAAUGGGAAGUUGAGAGAGAGACACACACACACUGUGGCCUGUAGAAGGAUGCAAGUUCAUCCUCUAAAGGCAUCUUUUCCAGAACCGAACGAUGUAGUAAUGGAAAUAACUAUUGCCCAAAAAGAGGCGCAUAGCUCACUACAUAGUAUAUUAGUAAUUAAUGUGAGCUCUGCUGUAAAAGAGAAAAUAUCACAAUAAUAUAUCAACGUAUUAAUUGCCCAAGCAAUCUUAUAAAAUUAAUGCUGCCAUUCUAUGGAUAAUUUAAUCUCUUGAAUUGGAAUUAAUUGGGAAGACGGUGCUAAAUUUUUCCACUUCUUGCUUUUUCAUUUUACUUUUAUUAAUCCGUUAACCUGUCUAAAUCUUAGUUGAAUUUAGUAUAAAUUUCCUUAUUGCUUAAUAAAAUAUAAGCUGCUAGUGAAUCUCAAAGCGAUGUCCAGAUGUUUUCUUCAAGUACGAGUCCCCUGCUAUGACCUCUCUCCCUGCUUCAUUACCACAUAGCACAGAUGUGGUAACUUGCAAUAAGAGCUAAUUUAAAGGACCAAUAAUAGUCUUUAUUAAAAAAAAAUCUCCACAAAGAACACCUGUGGCUUAAAAAUGAAGGCUUAAAGACCUUUCACCUUGUCAUAGUGACCCACUGUAUCCCCCAUACAAAUGAAAAAUACUGUGGUAAAUAUACUCUGUCCAUUUUCUAGACACAAGAUUUAUUCUGGAUAAUACACUCUUGGGUUUGCUGCACACUCUAGCAUUAACUUUUUAUAAUAAGAAUAGAUAUAAAUAUGGCUGCAUGAGGAAUGACCCACACAUCUCAGUAACUAUAAUAAAAGUUUCAAGCCAAAUAGAGUAAUAUAUAUAUCUUAAAAUAGUAGUAUUAGGCUUGGGAAUUGUGGCUGUAGUUUGUAUGGAUCAUAUUUCUUUGAUAUUUAAGAAAUAUUUGAUUUGCAUGUAUUUGAGUCAUAGACUGCUCAAACACCCUUUAUAUGUAUUGCAACAUCCUGCAAUUUGAUAUGAAUUUGUCCUCUGAGUUAAAAUGAUGUUUCUUGAUCGUGGUUCUUAUUUCUAAUGCUGAUAUCAGUUUUAAAUAAUAAAGGAAAAAACCACUUUCCUAUGUUGGGAACAAAA